GCAUGAAUAAGGUUUUUACAUUUUUUGAACAUUAUUUUUCAUGUUUACCUACAAUUUUUUCAAAUGGCUCGAUUAAAAAUUCCGAAGCUCAAACAGUUGCUGUGGAACCAAAUUAUAAGCCAAUAAAUAUACGAUUAGAGUUAAUUCAAACAAAUAACGGUUUUGAAAUAAAACGUAAUGAUUUGACCGAUUCUGUGGAUUCACGUUUAAAAAAAGAAAAGCCAAUAAAUAUAAGGUUGGAAGUGGAUCCCACAAAUAACUCUAUCGAAAUUAAGCCUAAUGAUUCAACCAAUAAUGAUUCAAUCAAUAACUCGACAAGUUCAAAUUCAUCUAAAAAUUCAAUAAAUAUACAAUUGGAAUUGGUUCCUGUGAAUAAUGUGAUUAACUCGAAUGAUUCUCGACCAACUAAUAAUGAAUUUGUAGAUAUAGCGCUUCCUAAAAGUAAUACAACCAAAUCAAAAUCUAUUAUAAAUCCAAAUUGUAUCUCAAAAUAUCCACAAUUAGCUGACAAUGUACUAUUUUGUAUUCAAUUGGAAGAAACUCCCAAAAAUAUUUUUACAGAUCCGUCUUAUAAUCAAGUCAAUUCAAAAUCAAUUGAAAAUGAUUCUACAAAUAUUCAAUUGAAAGCUCUACAACCCCCCCCUGAGGAUGUUCAUGUUGAAAGAAAAUUAAAUGUUUCUGAUGUUUUAAAUAAGAGCAAAAGUUAUCAUCCCAUAAAAUUACAGUCAAUUCAAAAUAUUAUACCAGAAGAAAUGCAUUUGAAUAAUGCAAUGGAUAUAGAACAUGAUUCAAUCGAUAUUCUGGAUUUACAAUUGAUUGUAAAUCCUGAAGAUGUUCCUAUUGAAAAAGAAUUAACUGUUUCUGUUAUUUUAAAUGAGAGAAAAGAUGUUCUACCGGAAGAGUUACAUUUGAAAAAUACAGUAGAAAUAAAAUAUGAUUCAGAUGGUUUCACAAUUUACGAUAAUUCAAGUGAAACAGGCCAUGCUUCAACAGAUGAUUGGAAUCAAAAUAAUUUUUUAAAUGAUUGGACUGAUGAUUGGAAUCAAAACCAUAUUUCGACUGAUGACUGGGCCGAUGAUUCGAAUCGUCAAGAUCAUUCGGCUGAUGUCUGGGACGUAGAUUACUUUACUGAUGACCUUAAAGUAAUUCAUGUGGAUGAUAAUGUUUCAACUGACAAUUGUACUGAUGAUGAUUUGAGUCAUAAAGAUCAUUUAGUCGAUGUUUGGGAUUUAGACUAUUUUACCGAUACUUUAAACGAUGUGGAGGAUUUGACUGAUAUUGUUAUCUUUAAUGAAGAAGAUCCAACCGAUUUUCUUAAUUCAAAAGAUGAUGAUGUAAAAGUGCCAAUUAUUAUUCCAACUAUUGAUUUAAAAGUGCAUCAAUUAUGCCCAAGUGAAUUAUUAUCUACAGUUUGGGAUUGGUAUGUUAAUAUGACUGAUGAUUCAGAAAUUCAAAAACAAUUUGCUAAUUCUGAUAAAAAAAUUAAAUUAAGAACUAUGGAUAAAUUUCAAAUUUAUUCUGAAGCUAAAUAUACUAGCAAAUUUAUUCGUACUGAUCAUAUUAUUAUUUAUGAUACCCUUCCAUCAAAACCAAUUUGUACACUUGAUAUAGAUUAA